GCUUGACAGGAGGGGAUAGACCCGGUGGAUGUGUCUCAACGUCACUGUUUAUGAUUAAAUAACCUUUAUCUUCGACGCUGUAUGUUUUUAUAGAAGUGAAAAGGGCGGGGGGGAAACGUAUCUGUCCUGUCGGAAACCGAUUAGCUACAGUAGCGUUUUACGUCGAAUAAUUCCUCGUUUUGGGUAUCCAGUUGAUCGGACGUGUCGGUCUUGUUGAUUUCAUCUCGCCUAGCUGGCUGGCUAGCCAUUUUCGGAUAAAGAAAUAACGAUCUCCGUGGAUUAAUUGAACUACAGUACGAUGAGUACCUUGAAUUCUGUGGAUCGAGUUGAACUGUGCGAGAGCCUUUUGACAUGGAUCCAAACGUUUGGAUUGGAGGCACCAUGCAAGACAGUGGACGAUCUCACAAGUGGGAUUGUCAUGGCCCAGGCCCUACAGAAAAUAGACAUUGUGUAUUUCACUGACAACUGGAUCAGUAGGAUCAAGCCUGAGGUGGGAGAUAACUGGCGGCUAAAGAUCAGUAAUCUAAAGAAGGUGUUGAAAGGUAUACUGGACUACAACCAGGAGGUCCUACAGCAGCAGAUCGAUGACUUCACCCUGCCAGACAUCAGCCUGAUAGGAGAACACUCAGACGCUGCAGAGCUGGGCAGGAUGCUGCAACUCAUACUAGGCUGCGCUGUCAACUGUGAGCAGAAACAAGAAUACAUCCAGACCAUAAUGAUGUUGGAGGAAUCUGUUCAACAUGUUGUCAUGACAGCCAUUCAAGAGCUGAUGAGCAAAGAGUGUCCAGUUAUGGGAGGAAACGACUCGUACGCUGACAUGGAUAGACAGCUGAAGAAGACGGUGGAGGAUCUGAACCAGGCUCUAGCCACCAAGGAGGAGAUCGCACAGAGAUGUCACGAGCUGGACAUGCAGGUGGCAGCACUACAGGAGGAGAGGGGUAGUCUCCUGGCUGAGAACCAGAUCCUCAUGGAGCGCCUCAACCAGUCGGACUCCAUAGAAGACCUGAACAGCCCUGUGGGACGCAGACACCUGCAGCUGCAGACACACCUAGAACAGCUCCAGGAGGAGACCUUCAGGCUGGAGGCAGCGAAGGAUGACUAUCGUAUCCGCUGUGAGGAGUUGGAGAAGGAGCUGACCGAGCUGAGAGGACAGAACGAAGAGCUCACCUCCCUGGCUGAUGAGGCCCAGUCACUGAAGGACGAGAUGGACGUACUCAGACACUCGUCAGACAAGGCCUCCAAGCUGGAGGGCAUGGUGGCGUCCUAUAAGAAGAAGCUAGAGGACCUGGGAGACCUGAGGAGGCAGGUCAAGCUCCUAGAGGAGAAGAACACUGUGUACAUGCAGAACACUGUCAGUCUGGAGGAAGAAGUACGCAAGGCCAACACCACCAGAGGACAGCUGGAGACCUACAAGAGACAGGUGGUAGAGCUGCAGAACAGGCUGUCUGAGGAGUCUAAAAAGACAGACAAGAUGGAGUUUGAAUACAAGAGACUCAAGGAGAAGGUGGACUCUCUCCAGAAAGAAAAAGAUCGGAUGAGGUCAGAGAGAGACUCACUAAAGGAGACCAUUGAGGAGCUGCGUUUUGUUGAGGCUCAGGAAGGACAACUCUCUCCAGGCAUGGUUGCACUCGACACUAACGAGGGUUCUGAUUCGCUGGCUGCAGAGAUCGUCACCCCAGAGAUCAGAGAGAGGCUGAUCAGACUGCAGCAUGAGAACAACAUGUUGAAGCUGGCCCAGGAGGGUUCUGACAAUGAGAAGAUCGCUCUGCUGCAGAGCUUACUGGAGGACGCCAACAGGAGGAAGAAUGAACUGGAGACAGAAAACAGACUGGCGAACCAGAGACUGAUCCAGGGUCAGAGUCAGGUGGAGGAUCUGCAGAGGAGUCUUCAGGAGCAGGGCUCCAAAGCAGACGACUCAAUCAUUCUGAAGAAGAAAAAUGAUGCACACGUGGAGAAGUUGCGUGAAGUGAACAGUGAACUGCAGAAGAAGACUGCGUACAUCGAUGACUUGGAGCCCAAGUACACCUCUAGCUCCCAGAAAGUAGAGGAACUGGAAGAAGCCUUAAAGAAGAAGGAUGAAGACAUGAAGCAGAUGGAGGAGAGAUAUAAGAAGUACCUGGAGAAGGCCAAGAGUGUUAUCCGGACCCUGGACCCUAAACAGAACCAGGGCUCAGCACCAGAGGUCCAGACCUUGAAGAACCAGCUGCAGGAGAAGGAGAGGAUGCUGCACUCUCUGGAGAAAGACUAUGACAAGACCAAGGCCCAGAGAGACCAGGAGGAGAAACUCAUAGUGUCUGCCUGGUACAACAUGGGUAUGGCUCUCCAGAAGAAGGCAGCAGAGGACCGUCUGGCCAGUACGGGUUCAGGACAGUCCUUCCUGGCCCGCCAGAGACAGGCUACCAGCACACGCCGCUCCUACCCCGGUUACCCGGGACCCCAGUCCGCCACCGCCAGGUAGACAUGGCGCCACGACCCUUCACCCCUGACCCUUCCCCUGACCUUUGACCCCCAGACACUCCAGGCCAGGUACCACCACGGCGCCGGGUAGACAUGGCACCCUUACCCCUACCUGACCCUUUUUCCUCGACCCCUGACCCUCCAGAUGUCCAUCAGACACACACAGACAGUCCGGUUCUAUGGAUGUCGGCUCAGCUCAGUAAUCCAGACAGCGUUCACUGGAGUGGUUCAGGUUAAACCUCUACUCUCCUUUGUUCUCCUCCUCAGUCCUUCAGUCUCUCUUUAAAUCUGGACUACCUGGAUUUAUUAUUAUUAUUAUUAUUAUUAUUAUUAUUAUUAUUAUUACUACUAUUAUGCACAUUUCUGUAAAACGAUGUUACUGUUCUAGUCAUCUUCUGUCAGGAAUCCUCCUAUCUAUGAACUGUUUUCCUGUUUCUAUGUAACACAAGGAUGUGAGCAGAGAUGCAAUUUUCACAAGUUGGUAGCAGUUGGUUGUAUUUGAACCCUUAUGAAGAAAAACGGAGAACAUUUGAAUAUCUGUUGCUUGAAUUACCUUUAGUUUUGGAGAGGGUAGAUCCACUAUAUAGAGGGUUUGUAACCAGUUGGUAUAUUUACAUAGUAUGUGUUAAGUAUCGUGUGUUCAGUCUCUUAGCUAGACUUUGUUUUAGGCAGGCUGUAGUUGCCUGAUAGGUGUAGAUAUUAUACACAUACUUCAUUUACAGAACAGCACAAAGAUUGAAAUGAAGGGAAACCUCUUCCCCUGUAUACUCCUGUUCUCACGUCAGCCAGUAGUCAUGAUCGAUUAUUUAUGAAUGAAUAGUUAUUGAUUGAUACUCCUGAUUAUCCAAACGGUCCUUUACUUUGUCCUCUGGAGCCACACUACAUGUUAUUUUUCUUCACCUAGUCGGCUCGGGGAUUAGAACCAGCGACCUCUCGGUUACUGGCACAACGCUCUUAACCACUAAGCCACCUUCACUACCAACUGACACAGCUGUAACAUGUCACUAUGAACCCGUCUGCAUGCUAACAUGUCCAUAUCCACUAUCUAUGCACUAGUCAGACAGUGGCUAUGAUGUUGCAUGAACAGCAUAGUAAAAAGCCAUUGAAGUGGUAUGCAAUACAAACAUGUAAAAUAACCACUACCACCCCAAGGAGGUAGAUUAUAAACUAUACAGGGAGGUAGAUUAUAGACUAUACAGGGAGGUAGAUUAUAGACUAUACAGGGAGGUAGAUUAUAGACUAUACAGGGAGGUAGAUUAUAGACUAUACAGGGAGGUAGAUUAUAGACUAUACAGGGAGGUGGAUUAUAGACUAUACAGGGAGGUAGAUUAUAGACUAUACAGGGAGGUAUAUUAUAGACUAUACAGGGAGGUAGAUUAUAGACUAUACAGGGAGGUGGAUUAUAGACUAUACAGGGAGGUAGAUUAUAGACUAUACAGGGAGGUAGAUUAUAGACUAUACAGGGAGGUAGAUUAUAGACUAUACAGGGAGGUGGAUUAUAGACUAUACAGGGAGGUAGAUUAUAGACUAUACAGGGAGGUAGAUUAUAGACUAUACAGGGAGGUAGAUUAUAGACUAUACAGGGAGGUAGAUUAUAGACUAUACAGGGAGGUAGAUUAUAGACUAUACAGGGAGGUGGAUUAUAGACUAUACAGGGAGGUAGAUUAUAGACUAUACAGGGGAGGUAGAUUAUAGACUAUACAGGGAGGUGGAUUAUAGACUAUACAGGGGAGGUAGAUUAUAGACUAUACAGGGAGGUAGAUUAUAGACUAUACAGGGAGGUAGAUUAUAGACUAUACAGGGAGGUGGAUUAUAGACUAUACAGGGAGGUGAUUAUAGACUAUACAGGGAGGUAGAUUAUAGACUAUACAGGGAGGUAGAUUAUAGACUAUACAGGGAGGUAGAUUAUAGACUAUACAGGGAGGUAGAUUAUAGACUAUACAGGGAGGUAGAUUAUAGACUAUACAGGGAGGUAGAUUAUAGACUAUACAGGGAGGUAUAUUAUAGACUAUACAGGGAGGUAGAUUAUAGACUAUACAGGGAGGUGGAUUAUAGACUAUACAGGGAGGUAGAUUAUAGACUAUACAGGGAGGUAGAUUAUAGACUAUACAGGGAGGUAGAUUAUAGACUAUACAGGGAGGUGGAUUAUAGACUAUACAGGGAGGUAGAUUAUAGACUAUACAGGGAGGUAGAUUAUAGACUAUACAGGGAGGUAGAUUAUAGACUAUACAGGGAGGUAGAUUAUAGACUAUACAGGGAGGUAGAUUAUAGACUAUACAGGGAGGUGGAUUAUAGACUAUACAGGGAGGUAGAUUAUAGACUAUACAGGGAGGUGGAUUAUAGACUAUACAGGGAGGUAGAUUAUAGACUAUACAGGGAGGUAGAUUAUAGACUAUACAGGGAGGUAGAUUAUAGACUAUACAGGGAGGUAGAUUAUAGACUAUACAGGGAGGUAGAUUAUAGACUAUACAGGGAGGUAUAUUAUAGACUAUACAGGGAGGUAGAUUAUAGACUAUACAGGGAGGUGGAUUAUAGACUAUACAGGGAGGUAGAUUAUAGACUAUACAGGGAGGUAGAUUAUAGACUAUACAGGGAGGUAGAUUAUAGACUAUACAGGGAGGUAGAUUAUAGACUAUACAGGGAGGUAGAUUAUAGACUAUACAGGGAGGUAGAUUAUAGACUAUACAGGGAGGUAGAUUAUAAACUAUACAGGGAGGUAGAUUAUAGACUAUGCAGGGAGGUAGAUUAUUUACUAUACAGGGAGGUAGAUUAUAGACUAUACAGGGAGGUAGAUUAUAAACUAUACAUUGAUUUCCAAAUGUAAUUUUAAAGGAAUACUUCAGCAGUUGUUGAGAACUCUACACCGCAUGGCUUGAACCCUUCCUUCCUCCAUUCACCCUCUAUCAUGUUGACUGUUUUGAUCCUACUGCUACAUCAUUAUAACCAAACCCAUUACUGGUUGUUGUCCCCUUUCUCUCUCUCUCUCUCUCUCUCUCUCUCUCUCUCUCUCUCUCUCUCUCCCGCUCUCUCGCUCU